CUGGUCCACUCCAGAGCUGUGGGUGGAUUCGAUUCUUGAUUUUCUUUUGUUGAAUUUGACGAUUUUCUUUUCCUCUCUCGUUUUGUAUACUUGUCUCUCUCUUCAAUUCGUUCUCCUCCCACGAUUUCGGCCUGAUCGUUGUUUGGGUCCGAUUGACCGAACCCACUUAGUUCCGUUUCUAUAUCAACCCGAGAUCCCCUCCGUUCCCACCGGGCCAUGCUGCCUCUAUCCCUUGAAUAAGCAUUCCAUUCCAGCGAAAAUCUGGCCCCAGGCUCGUCCACAACAUUUGGCCAAAAUACUGCCUCGGUCGCUGAACGGGGUAUGUGGCCCAGUGAGUGCAAGACUCUCCCAUUUCCGUCGCUUAUAGCAUUCCUCUCCCCCGAACAGUACUAGUGAUGUCAAGCCACCCAGCGUCUCUCGCACAUGCACAGACGGACCUCCCCUUCCAAACAUCGAGUCCACUGCGCCAUGGAUCGAAUGCCUCUACGAGUUCAUCCAUCUACUCACUCUCGUCGAAUUCCUUUGCUCCUAGUCGCACGAGCACCGUCUCCUCUAGUGCGUCCAUUGGUUCGACCUACAGCAUUGGGCACCGACGUGGGAAGAGCGAAGUAAACAGAACAAUCCCCGAAACCAUGCCGGCGAAUAAUUCCUCGUCGCGUCAGCCGCACGCCGGCUCAACAUACGAAAAUAUUCGACGCUCGUUGCGACCGCUUUCUCAGAUUUCGCAGACCCCCAAUGCAUCGCCGCCGACCCCGAAACACGCCGUUUACCGUCAUACCAGGAGCCAGACCGUCGAUGACCCCCGAUACUGGCAAGAGAACCGUCCUCGGACACCCGAGUCUCGACCAAAGUCAAACGCAGGGAUGGAGUCAUUCGGAGAUGGGGCAUCAUAUGUCGCGCAGAAGUCGCCAAAGACCGCCUCCCCUCACCAGUGGUCGCCGCGAACCGGAUCACCGCAGACCGGCUCGCCGGUGAAAGCAAACCAUUCCCACAGUUUGUCGAACCCGCCCACCCUCACAGCAGCCCUCUCGGCGCCAGAGUUGGAGACGUUUCAAAAAUCGUCGACCGGACAUCUCCGUACCUUGUCCAAGAUUGCGCAGUCUGGAGAUACGGAAGGGUUUCCCAGCCACUCUCCGUCCGUGGUCGGCCUCCAGGGUCGACGGCGCUUGAAGCGAGCCGAUUCAGUGGCCGCGAACAGUGGCGCCGUCCAGAAGAAGAGCGCAUCGUCAUGGGUGGCCGGAAACUGGAUGGACAAACAGCGCCAGUUUCUUCAGGCCUAUGAGUAUCUGUGCCAUAUUGGAGAAGCGAAGGAGUGGAUUGAGGAGGUCAUCCAGAAGCAGAUCCCGCCCAUUGUCCAACUGGAUGAGGCACUCCGCGAUGGUGUAACAUUGGCAGAGGUAGUGCAAGCGAUGUACCCCAAUCGCAAGUUCCGAAUAUUCCGCCAUCCAAAACUGCAGUACCGCCAUUCGGACAAUAUCGCUUUGCUCUUUCGGUUCUUGGACGAAAUCGAGCUGCCCGAACUUUUCCGGUUCGAAUUAAUCGACUUAUACGAAAAGAAGAACAUCCCCAAAGUUAUCCACUGCAUCCACGCGACGUCAUGGCUGCUGUUCAAGAAGGGUCUCCUCGACUUCCGAAUGGGUAAUCUCGUUGGCCAACUAGAGUUUGAGCACCAUGAACUGGAGCAGAUGCAAAAGGGCCUGGACAAAGCCGGAGUCAGCAUGCCCAGUUUCUCGGGUAUGGCCGCAAACUUUGGCGCGGAGCCCGAGCCCGAGCCCGAACCGGUAGAGUCCGAGGAGGAUCGAAUCGACCGAGAAUUACACGAAAACGAGGCCUCAAUCGUGGAUUUCCAGUGCCAGAUCAAAGGGGCAAUGCUCCGACUGAAGCUGGGUAAUACGAUGAAUGACCUGUGGGACUUCGAGCCUCGUUUGAUUGACCUGCAGUCGCACUUACGAGGACACUGGGCCCGUCAGGUCUUCCAGUAUCGUUUGGGUAUGCGCACGUUUGCGAUCAACCUGCAAGCGCAUUGCCGGGGCUUCAUCGCACGCUCCCACCGAAAGGGUGACAUCGAGGGUUACCAGGCCCGGGAGGACGAUGUUCUGCAGCUGCAGUCUCUUAUUAGAGGUUCCAAGGCCAGGGCCCAGGUCAAUCGCCUCCACCAUCGGGUGCGUAAAGAGGAAUCCGGAAUUAAGAAGAUUCAGGCCGCCGUGAGGGGCGCUCUACAACGUAAGGCUGUGGGUGACCUCUACGACGACACAAGAGACACCGAGGACCAAGUUCAGCUACUGCAAGCAGCCAUCAGAGGUGCUUUGAGUCGCCAAGGGCUCGCCCAGCAGCGCAAAAGAACACAAUCUGCCGAAGGCGAUGUCGAACGACUCCAAGCUCUUAUCCGGGGUGCCUUCGUGAGACGGCAAAUGAGUGUGCAACAUGACGAGUUUGCUGAAGCCCGCGACGAUGCCGGUCUGCUGCAGGCGGCGAUUCGAGGGAUGAUUGCUCGUGAAUCGGUCGCCCACACGAGGAAAUUGCUCGCUCAGGAGUUGCCGUCAAUCAUCUCCCUACAGGCAAGUGCGAGAGCUUUGGCAACACGAACCCGCCACAUGGAGCUGGUCGAAGCAUUGCAAAAGACGAACGCUCAAUGUAUCGAUCUACAAGCGAUGGUGCGCGGUCGCGCCACUCGAGAGAAUUUGAAGGACCUUCGCCAGGCGUUGUCACACCACACACCAUCUGUCAUCACUCUCCAGAGCAUAUGUCGCGCUCAAGCGGUCCGGUCCGCCUUGGACUCCCAACGGGCAUCGCUGGAUGAAGAAGAACAAAAUAUCCUGGAGCUGCAGUCCAUGGCCCGCGGUGUGAUGGUGAGGAACCGGGUGAGAGCAGAUGCGGAAGCGCUGCAACAGCAUGAGUACAUGAUCACCGAACUUCAGGCCCUUGCACGAGCCGCCGUUCUGAGGAUCCAUGUCGGUGGUAUCCUUGAACAGCUUGACGACUGCCAUGAUGAAAUCAGCCAAUUGCAGGCCCAAAUCCGAGGAAUGGCUGUCAGAGUAGAAGUUGGCCAGGACUUGGCUGACCUUGCCGCCGAAGAAGACUUCAUUACCGACUUCCAAGCGCACAUUCGAGGAUAUGUUGUCCGCGGGAAGUUCGAAGAGAAACGUCGCUAUUAUCAGGAAAACAUGGAGAAGGUGGUCAAAGCCCAGAGCUUUGUGAGGGGAAGAAUCCAGGGCCAGGCGUACAAGAGCCUUACGAGUGGCAAGAACCCGCCGGUGGGUACUGUCAAGGGCUUCGUACAUCUUCUCAAUGAUAGUGAGUUCGACUUCGACGAGGAAGUCGAGUUUGAGCGAGUCAGGAAGAUGGUCGUCCAGCAGGUGCGGCAAAAUGAGAUGGCUGAGCAGUAUAUCGGCCAGCUUGAUAUCAAGAUUGCCUUGCUGGUCAAGAACAAGAUUACGCUGGACGAAGUGGUCAAGCACCAGAAACAUUUCGGUGGCCAUGUUGGAAACCUGCUUCCCAACAGAGAAAUCUCGUCCACGGAUCCCUUCGACCUGAAGGCCCUGAACAAAACCUCGCGAAGAAAGCUGGAACACUACCAAGCAUUCUUCUUUCUUCUCCAGACGCAAGCGCAAUACCUUGCGAAGUUGUUCCGGAGGCUGCGUGAGCUCAACACGCCCGAGAAGGAGUACGAUCGAAUCCGGCACCUUAUGAUGGGGCUGUUUGGCUACUCGCAGAAGAGGCGUGAGGAGUACUAUCUCAUUAAAUUGCUGGCCCGCUCUUCACGAGAGGAGAUUGAAAGCUUCGAUUCCCUCCACGAGUACCUGCGCUGCAACUCCUUCUGGACUAAACUUUUCGCAUCGUACAUGAAAUCGCCCCGCGAUCGAAAGUUCCUGCGUGACGUGAUUGGUCCCGUGGUGAGGGAGAACAUCAUCGACAACCCGGAAUUGGACUUGGAGAGUGACCCAAUGCAAAUCUACCGGUCAGCCAUCAACAACGAGGAGCUCCGAACAGGGAGACGAAGCCGACGCCAGCCGGAUAUCCCUCGAGAAGAAGCCAUCAGGGAUCCCGAAACGCGAGCGACGUUCAUUCAACACCUGCAAGACCUUCGGGAUACGGCGGACCAAUUCUUGACUGCGCUGGAGGAACUCCUGCACCGCAUGCCGUUUGGUAUUCGGUACAUCGCGAAGGGAAUGUACGAGGGCCUUCUUAGUCGAUUUUCUGGGGAGGACCCCGGCUUUAUUCUCCAGACGACAGGCUUCUGGGUGUGGAAGAACUACUUCCUGCCUGCGCUGAUGGAGCCUGAACGAUAUGGGGUGGUCGACCGAAGCUUGACCCAGGAACAGAAGCGAAAUCUGUCCGAGAUUGCCAAGGUCGUCGCCCAGGUGUCUUCCGGGCGGCUUUUCGGGGCCGAGAAUGUUUAUCUGCAGCCACUCAACAAUUUCAUUGGAGAGGCGAUUCAGCGCCUUGGACAGAUUUGGGGCGACAUGGUCACCGUGCAAGACGCUGAGACUUACUUCGACAUCGACGAGUUCAACGACUUAUACGCCAAGAAGAAACCGACUCUCUAUAUUAAGAUGUCUGAUAUCUUCUCAAUCCAUCAGCUUAUUGCAUCUGAAAUCCACUACAUUUGCCCUAACCCGGAUGACAUUCUGAAAGAGAUUGUUCGCGACCUUGGAAAUGUCAAAUCGAACGAGAACGAGCUGAUGAGCGUCAAUUCAUCCGAGAUCAAUCUCACACUAAAUCCCAAACUUACUCAGGUUGAAGACCCAGAAGCCGACAUCAAGGCUCUGUUUAUGGAGACCAAGCGAUGCAUUCUGUAUAUCAUCCGUGUUCAAAGUGGGGCCAACCUGAUGGAGAUUAUGGUCAAGCCGCCUACGGAGGAAGACCAUGCCAAGUGGAUGACGUUGGUACGGGACGAGCUGAGUGCGAACAACACACGCCAGAGUCCAUACGCCGAGGCCAAUUCGCUGGUGGACAUUGCUUCUAUGAGUUAUUCGGAGCUGAAGCGGACCGCGCUUGAAAACAUCAUUCACCUCGAACAGUGCAGCAAGAUCCGACGAGACAACCACUACCAGGAUCUGCUGAACGCCAUCGCCAUCGACAUUCGAACGAAGCACCGUCGCAGAAUCCAGCGCGAGCGAGAAUUAGAAGGCGCUAGCCUGACCCUCGGACGCUUGAACGACCAAGCAGGCUAUUUAGAGCAGCAGCUCAAGACGUACAACGACUACAUCGAGCAAGCGAUGAUCACCCUACAGAACAAGAAGGGCAAGAAAAGGUUCCUCAUGCCGUUCACCAAGCAGUGGGACCACCAGCGCGAACUUCAGAAAUCCGGCAAGGUGUUCAAAUUCGGCUCCUACAAGUACUCGGCACGCAACCUCGCCGACAAGGGCGUUCUCGUGCACUGGAAGGGCUACACGGAACGCCAGUGGGACCGCGUCGACCUGACCAUUUCGAGUAACGAAGUGGGUGUUUUUACCAUCGAUGGAAGCAGUGGUCCGAUGAUGAUUCCGGGAGCCAGCGCGCAGGUACCGCUGGAUGACCUUUUGCAGGCCCAGUUCAACAACACGCAGUUCCUGGACUUUUUUGACGGACAGCUCCGAGUCAACGUGAACCUCUUCUUGCAUCUGAUCAUGAGGAAGUUCUACAACGAAUGAUGGUCCCAUCUUACAUCUCUAGUCUUACAUACCCCUUCGCGUCUUCCUCUCUACCUCCGUCUUCCUUCUGUGUUCCUUUCACAUCCCAUCGCUAUUUUCUGCAUUCUACCCAUUGAACGUUAUCCUGUCACUUAUCCUAUGAUAUCCCCUCCGUCGGUGGCCUAUCGAGUAUAAAGAGAGUGCCCGAGCCAUCUCCGGAAUUCCCACCACUUGUUCUAUGUUCGUGUUGACCUGAUUCCCCCAUUGAUUCGGUUUCUCUCCUGCGUUCCUUUCUUUCCUGGCACGAUGAGUACCCUGCCACCCGCAUCGGUACUCGAUGAUUUCGACGAUUCUAUGUAUGUAUGUUUCUAUGAAAUAGUGGAUAUUCCCGAC